AUGAAUAUAUACCUGGAUAAGAGGAGCCCUAAUGACGAUCAUCUCUACACUACGGGAGAUCAUAUCGAUGGGGUAGUCUCUGUCAGCACUGAACGCGAUAUUGAAAUAGAGGGAAUCCAGAUCCUGUUUCGUGGUGUAUCGCAGGUUGAAAUCGAGCAGCUUUCCAUUCAAAGAUUAUCCCGCCUAGAGCAUGUAUUCUUUUCAGUGCAUCAGCCGAUGGCAGAGAUGGGAAAUAUUAUUCCAAAUGUGCUUAAGGAAGAACAUAACUACGACUUCAGAUUCAAGUUUGUUGUCCCUUCGAAAUUGAUGCCUCAAACCUGCCGCCACUUUCGACAGAACUCCCAUAUCUCCCAAGCUCACACGUUGCUCCCACCAACCAUGGGAGGUGUGAAGCUUCAAAUGUGCUCGGAGGGCGAUGAUCUCAGUCCUGAGUGUGUCAAAAUAUCCUACUCCAUUCAAGCAACCUUGUUCGCGGUCUCUAAAAAAGCGGAUUUCCCCAAAACAUUGGCUAGCAUGAGUAAACCGUUGAAAAUAAUGCCGAUAGUUCACGAACAGCCUCCCAUCGACCGUUCCAAUAACGGCCUAUAUUGCUUGAUGAAGGAGAAGACCAUGAAACUGGGUCUUUGGAGAUCCCCAACGGGAAGGCUUUUUGUAUCGGCUUCUCAGCCUCAACCAAUUGUCAUCUCAGCGACUGGCCAUCAACGACAAGAAUGCAUGGGUACCAUUGCUACGAUCGAGCUCAAGUUUUCUCCAGGGGGAGACGAGCAGCCCCCAGAUUUACACUCUUGCACCGCAGGUCUCUCCAUAUAUACUUUUUACAGCGCGAGACAAUGGGAAGACUUUCCAGACUCGAUAUUUGCGACAACCCAAUUUGGCACUGGAAGUCGAAGCAUUCAUCAGAAAGAUAUCGCACUGUCCAAGAUAUGUCUCAAGUCAGUUCAGUGGACUAGAGAUGUCGCAGAAUCCAUUGAGUCGACCUCUUUGAUUUGUUUCACGGCCUUGGUGCAUGUCCCAAUCCCAACACCCCGGAAUAAGGUACUCGUUCCGACCUUCCAUGCGUGCUUUGUAUCGCGGGUCUAUGUCCUCAACAUUUCGAUCGCCUACCAUUCAACGUGGGCAAAGGCUUCGACAUCAAGUGUCAAAUUACGUAUGAAGUAUUCUCACCGCCACAAUGCGUCCCAUCUGCCAAAACAGACAGAAAAAGAUGCCGUCGUCUGCAUGAGGAAUCUCGCGAACUGGAUCGCUGCCGUCGACGAAAUCCGCUCCUGGCCCGAGGACUUGCCGCAACCUCUCCACGCCCUCCUGAAUCUCGCGCGCUCAUACAGGCCCAACCUCGGCUCCGAGGGGUGA